AGUCAAAUGACUUACAAGGCGCAUCUGAAUGACGUAUGUUUUGGUUCGCUAGCUGGGAAGUUUCUUUUUUAAGCUGUUUGUUGUGCUUCAUAAUGAAUAAGAAUAAAGCCAGUGGCGUGGCGUGGGUGAAACCAGCGGAGCCGUCCUUUCUGAAGAAGUUUAAAAGUGAUUCUGGAUACAAAGAAGGGCCUAAUGUUGACACGAAGCGUCAGGUGAUGCCGACUCCGGAUGAUGACAGUGGGAGCGACCGAGAAGACGAGUUGCCUCAAGUGGUGGUCCUAAAAGGAGGAGACCUGUCCGAAGAGGAGGUGAAGAAGAUCAAAGAUGAAAUGCGAACUGAGGGGGGUGCAAAAAAAGGUCAGAUGAUGAUGCUGCUGAUGGCAAAAUCCUUUUCAAGAAACCUGCCAAGCGCUCCUCCUCAGACAAGUUCCAGGGCAUCACUGCCAGCUCCAGCAAAAAGAAGAAGACUGAUGGAGGAGGGGAAGAGGAGGAGGAGGAGAAGAAGGAGAAGUCAGGAAAGAAAAUAAAAAAUAACAGCCUCCUGUCGUUUGGAGGGGAGGAGGAGGAAGAGGAAGACUAAAAUGUUACUAGUAAAAGGAACUCUUGAGAACAAAGUAAGGAGUGUGUAUAACAAGUUAAAGCCACUGUGCAGCCGGUCUGAUAUUCUGCAGGUCAGUUCCAGUGUGUCUCUUCCCACUGUCCCAUUCAUCCUGGUGUGCUGUAAAUAUCAGCUUUCAACUUUAUUUAGUGUGAACAUUCGAAAAUACUUCAUUUCCACAAAACCCAAGAGGGGGAAAAAAAAACGAAAAAAAAAAAACCCAGUUUGAUUAAUAACUAAUUCUGCCUUUAAACAUGGCUUCAUAAUAUUGAUUACAGGUGACCAAUAACUGUUUUUUGUUUUGGAUCUGAUUCCCAGUUGGCAGAACAUCUGAGAAGGUUUGCACUGUGAUCUGUCUGCUCAAACUUCUGCUUCAGGUUUUUUUUUUUUUCAUUUCCUAGCCUAUAAUCAGUCAGCAAACACAGAAAUCUGCUCACUCUUGGAUAUUCCAGUUGAUGCAAAGAGCAAAAAAAAACCUUUUGUGUCACUACAAUCAGUUACCUGUGGUGGAGCUCAUUGGUCAUUUCAUUAAAAUCAGUUAAUCCAGCUCACUGGGAAGCUUUGUUGUCUGCUAAUAGAUCACAUGGAGCAGGUCUCACGUCACAAUCUGUAAAAUUUCUAUGUUUCACUGAUUGAGCAACAUAAACUUAAGUUGCCCGUUAAAAUGAGACACUUCAGUGACACAAAUCUAAAUACUGAAUUUGUUAUCCUGUGUUGUCAGCAUGCACCGCACUUGGAAACAACCCCGACCCUCAUGUUUACCUUGUGAUCCCAGCUGUGGGAUCAUUCAGCCCGUGCCGCCAUGCCAGCAUGACCCCACGCUCCCGUCAGCUCCUCUUCAUCAGUCUUAUCUGUGGUGGAGCUGGUGUUACUAAAUGUUUGUAAAAGUCAUUUUAAACUUUGAAUCCAUUCAGUGGUAUCCUGAAUGUGUGACUGAUCUGGCUUCGACAACGGAGCUGUUCAUGUAGAGGAUGCAUUCUUGUCAAUGCGGCUGUGCAUUAUGAGUUUCUGUUGUAGUGGAUGUUUUUGUUUAGAUUAUUGCAACUGUGACAUUUGAUCAAACAUUAAAACUGUAUUGGACUCUA